UUUAACAUCAACAAUGACUCGUGUGUAGCUUGCUUAAAAACUUUAUGACUUUAUGCUUGCUUGCAAUGCAUGUGCUUUGUGCUUAGUGCGGUUUUGCGUGGUAGUACUAGAACUAGACCAUUAAUAGUAGAACUUUAGUUAUGGAACUUAUAAACAAUUACAAAGUUUUUUUUUAUCUCUUAAUUAUUUCAGAUUCAGGAGCUAUGAGCUUAAGCCCAGAUGUACCUCAGGUACGGCUCUUGAAUAUUCAAGUCUAUAUUCACGGAUCCUGGCCGGAUAGCCCUGGCAGCUAAGGCCAUUUAAAUGAAGAGAAGAAGAAGAAGAAGUUAGUUGUUGUUUACUUACUUACAGUUAGAUAUUUUUUUAUGAAAGAGCAUCAAUACAUGAUAUUUUAUUAUAUUAUUUGAUACAUAAUCAUGUUUAAUCAAACUGAAGUAAAAGAAGAAGUUAGUGAGACGACUUGCAAACAAGAAAUAGAUAAUGAAGUAGAUGCAGUUCUAGAGGAUACCUGUAAAAUUGAAAUUAAGCAGGAACUUAUCAGAGAAAGUUCAAAUGAUACGUUUGAUAAUUUAGACGUUAAGAAAGGCCAUAUAAAAGCCGAAAUAGAACAAGAUGAUGGUUUUACCCAGGAUGAUAACAAACUGAAAAUACUGGAAACGUUACCUUCAUCUCAUAAAGGAACAUAUGAAUAUCAACAAGUUGAAGGAAAAACAAAAAAUAAAAAUAUGAAAGUUGAGACUGCACAAAGACCUUACAAAUGUGAAAUUUGUAGCAAGCACUUCACUGCUAAAGGCACUUUGAAAAGACACUUGAGAGUGCACACUAAACAAACACCUUACCAGUGUGAAAUUUGUUUGAAGCAGUUUGCCCGACCAAGUAAUUUGAAAGUACAUUUGAGAGUGCACACUGGAGAAACACCUUACCAGUGUAAAACUUGUUUAAAGAAGUUUACUACGUUAGGUAUGCUGAAAACACACUUACGAAAACACACUGGAGAAAGACCACAUAAGUGUGAAAUUUGUUUUAAACAGUUCAGUGUAGGGAGUAGUCUGAGAACACAUUUGAGACUACACACUGGAGAAAAUCUGUAUAAGUGUGAAACUUGUUUAAAGCAGUUUACUUCAUUAAGUCAAUUGCAGUCACAUUUGACAGUGCACACUGAAAAGAAACCUUACAACUGUCAAAUUUGUUUGAAGCAGUUUUCUCGAAUAAAUUAUUUAAAAAGACAUUCAAGAGCUCACACUGGAGAAAAACCCUAUGAGUGUGAAAUCUGUUCUAAGCAAUUUAGUGAAACAGGUACUUUGAAAAGACAUUUGAGAGUGCAUACUGGACAAACACCUUACCAGUGUGAAAUUUGUUUGAAGCAGUUUGCCCGACCAAAUAGUUUGAAAGUACAUUUGAGAGUGCACACUGGAGAAACACCUUACAAGUGUGAAAUUUGUUUUAAACAGUUUAGUCAAGCAAGUAAUUUGAAAGUACAUUUGAAAAAACACACUGGAGAAAAACCAUAGAGGUGUGAAAUUUGUUUUAACUUGUUAAGUGCGCAUAAUUCGGACCGAGUCAGCAGCGCUGAAUGCUUGAUGCUCAUCUCUCGGAUUCGAGUCGAAAACAUAGUUUAUUUAUUUCAAUCAACUAUGAUAGCUUUGUUAUCGUUCACCCUAGCCUAGCUCAGAUUCCAAAAAUGUCUUGUCCUAAUCAAAAAUAUGAACGAUGAAGAUCUGGAUUGGAAGCAAACAAAACACUAUUUUAACUAAUCACGUUUAUUUUUCAAUAAAGAUUUAAUUAAA